AUGCCCCGCGUGCUGCCUGCCGUCGCCUCGACGCCGCUCGUCUACUUCGCCAGCACCGCUGCGCGGCCGUCGGACGCCGCUUCCGACGUCCAGGCCACGGUGCCGCUCUGCCGUGCGCUCAAGACGCUGCAGGGCCAGGUCCUCUUCAGUCCACAGAGCACGCUUGACGCCGACACCCUCGCUGCACGCCUCUGCCAGCUGUCUACGCUCGGCUACGUGCACGUGCUGCUCGCGAGCGCCUCCUUGGGCGAGGCCGACGGCCCGGCGGCGAUCCGGGCCGCGGCCGCCGCCGUCGACGCAGGCGUGUUUGGCGCGGCGCUGGCUGUCUGGCGGUCCGUCGCGCGGCUCGAGGGCCGGGAGGAGGCGGCGAGCACUCCGGCGGCGAGCUUGGUCUUCCGCGCCAUCGGCAAGCGCGGCGGGCGGGGCCACAGCUUCACGAGCGACGAAGCGAAGAGAGCUGCGAAGGCGGGCCUGACCGAGGCGACGGGGCUGCAAGGCUCUAGUGACAAGUGCGCCGCGCCGCUCGAUGUGCUGGCGCAGGUGCACUGCAACCGCUUCUGGCUCGGCCUGCGCCUCAACCGCUCGCCGCUCGACCAGCGGCCUCCGACUCGCACCACCGCCACCGCCUCCUCUGCCACCGCCACCUCCGCCACCUCCGCCACCUCCGCCACUUCCGCCUCUGCCACCGCCACCUCCGCCACCGCCACCUCCGCCAUCACCUCCGCCUCCGCCGCCUCUGCCUCCGCCGCCUCCGCCGCCUCCGCCGCCUCCGCCUCCGCCUCCUCCGCCUCCGCCUCCGCCGCCUCCGAGGUAGCGCCGCCCCUCCUCUCCAGCCACCUCGCGGCCCGCCUGAGCGAGCUCGGCCUCGAGCUGCCGCGCGACGCGCGGGACGUGGUUGCUCCGCUGUGGGAGAUGCCGCUCGAGGGGCAGCGCGCUCGCAAGCAGGCCGAGAGGGAGCGCCUCGCCGAGAUGGAGCGCCUCGUGGCGCGGCUGAGGUCGGCCGGCGUGCACGCAAGCUCGCCGCCGCCGCCGGCCGGCGCCGUCGAGCCGUUGCGCUUCUGCGGCGGCGGCGGCGAGCGCAACACGUGCGAGAUGCACUUCGGGCGAGCGCGGGCGGGGGGCGUGUGCUGCGGCUUCCGGCUGGGGGUUGGCGGCGUCCCGUUUGUGCCGGCCUGGAUGGCGGCGGUGGCCGCGGAGGUCGGCGCCGCGAUGCGGGAGUGGGAGGCCGGAUUGGCGGUGCAAAGCGACGGUACACCGCCCUCGCUCCCGUUUGCGCUGCUGCGGCUGCGCGGCAGCCUCCGCACGCGCCAGUCCGUCGCCGUCCUCACCCCGACGCGCUUGGGCUCUGGCGGCGACGGCGAUAGCGAGGGCGGCGGCGGCGUGGGCGGAGGCGGCGGCGUGGGCGGAGGCGGCGGCGUGGGCGGAGGCGGCGGCGAUCCCCCUGGCUUGUCGCCUGCCACGACCGCCGCGACCGCCGCGCUCGCCGCGCGGAUGGCGCGGGCUGCCGCAGCUCACGGACAGAGGUUGUCGGUCCUGGCGGACCUGCUGCUGGAGACGGUCCGGUCGCUCGUCUCGGACGGCGGGCGCUGCUUCCCGCCCUUGCUGCUCGAUAUCUGCUGCGGCGGCGGCGCGAUCGGCCUCGACGUGGCCCGUGCUGCGGUCGCGGCGGGCGCCUCAACGCGGGUGGUCGGUUUGGAGGUUAGCGGCGAGGGCGUCGCUGACGCGCGGCGGAACGCUGCGGCGAACGGGCUGCAGGGCUUGUACGAGGCGCGGUGCGUCAAGGCGGAGGACGGCAUCGCCGCGGCACUCGGGGGCGCGGCGGGCGCGGCGGCGGGCGAGGAGGGGGCGGCGUGGGCGGCAGCCGCCGUGUGCAAGUCUGUGCGGCAGGCGGCCUCGGUGCGGCGCGUCGUGUUUGUGUCCUGCAACCCGCACGGGUUCACGCUGCGGCGCGACUACGUCGUCAAGGGCGGGUCGCUCGCGGCGAAUUUGCGCGUGCUCUGCGGCAGCCGCGGCCGCGGCGCACCCUUUGCGCUGCAGAGGGCGAUCCCGAUCGACAUGUUCCCACACACCCCGCACGUGGAGCUGGUGCUGCUUCUGGAGCGAGGAGUGCCCCUUCCCCAGGUCAGUAGUAGCUAG